AUGUCAAAUCGAAAACCCAAAUCUAUUGAUAUAAAUCCAUUUUCUAUUGCUGCUCAAUCAAAAGAAGAUUCAAAUAAUGUUGAUAGUGAAUCUUCUACUGAAGAAAGUGAGAAUAAUCUUCAUCAGCUUAAAGUACUACGAUUAGCUAAAGAAUCAUUAAACUGGAACCCAAAUUGGCCUAAAUUAUAUCCUUGGGUUUAUCGUAAAGAAGGACCAUUAAACAAAUUUAUGUUUUGUCGUUGGUGUAUAGAGGCUGGUAAAAAUAAUAAGUUUACUAAUGGUUGUGAAUACUUUAAAAAACAAUCCUUAGACCGGCACGUUAAUAUUAGUGAUCAUUGGAUAGUAUGUGCCGCUCGAGUACAAUCUCAAAUUACCUUACAUUCUAGUUUUGCUAUUCAAGCUAGAACCGAUCAAAUUAAGCUAUCUAAAAUUCAAUGUGGUGAAGACCAAAACCAAUUUGAAUGUAGUACUGAGAUUUUAAAUGUAUUUGAUAAUAACCAGCUUGCUGAUGAUGAUGAACGAACGUCAUAUGGUAGUUAUCAAAAUAAUGUUUCAGCAUGUAAAUUUAUUGAAUCAAUUGAUCGUGUUAUAGAACAAGAAACUUUUCAAGAACUACGUAAUUUAGAUGGUUGGAGUCUUAUAAUUGAUGAAAGCAAUACUAUAUCUGCUGAAAAAACCUUGGCCAUUGUUUCUAAAUAUUUAAUUGCCCUAGCAAAACCAAUUUAUCGAUUUCUUGGAUUAAUUUUAUUAACAGAUAGUACUGCAAAUACAAUUAUUGCUGAAAUUAAUCGGUUUUUUCAAGCAAAACAUAUAUCAUAUAAUGAUUUAAUGCAUAUUUGUACAGAUGGUGCCAGUACAAUGAUAG